AUGGCCGUUUCAUUAGAGCUUUUACUGCGAACUUGGGAGGAGGUUCGAUCACCCGUGCAGAGCUGGCUGGUAUUGAGCAGGGACUGA